ACAAAGGGGCGGAACAAAGGUGACCAUUGGACAAGGACACAGUCUAUCUCGCUUCGAUUUUUCCUCAUUGGAAGGGUUUCCGAAGCUUGGGCGGGAAAUCUCUUUCCGCGUCUGAUUGGCUCGUCCCGGUGAGUGACUCCUGGUUCCCAAUCCAAGAUGGCGGCAUCCAUGGCACGGUUCUUGCGGCCUUUACUGGCUCGCCAGGGCCUCCGGUCCCGAGGACGCUGCGUGUGCAACCAGAACCCAAGGAGAAGCUUCGCUACACAGAAACGAGUUCGGAACCUCCUGUACGAACACGCACGUGAGGGCUACAGCCAGCUUCCUCACUUGGACAUGGAGUCACUGUGCGCAUGCCCAGAAGCAACCGCGCGUGCCCUGGAACUCCGCAAGGGGGAGCUGCGGCCGGCUGACCUGCCUGCGAUUAUCUCCACGUGGCAGGAGUUAAGGCAGCUGCGGGAGCAGAUCCAGAGCCUGGAGGCAGAGAAGGAGGCUGUGGCGAAGGCAGUGCGAGCCCUGCUGGCAAACCAAGACAAUGAGCAAGUGCAGAAGGACCCUCAAUAUCAGGGCCUCCGGGCCCGUGGCCGGGAAAUCCGGAAGCAGCUCAUACCGCUGUACCCCAGAGAGACCCAGCUGGAGGAGCAGUUCUAUCUGCGGGCACUGAGGCUGCCCAACCAGACCCACCCAGACACGCCUGUUGGGGAUGAGAGCCAGGCUAGAGUGCUCCGCGUGGUGGGAGACAAGCCAGUUUUCUCCUUCCGACCCCGAGGCCACCUGGAAAUUGGCGAGAAACUCGACAUUAUCCGGCAGAAGCGCCUGUCUCACGUGUCUGGCCACCGGUCCUAUUACCUGCGCGGAGCUGGGGCCCUCUUACAGCAUGGCCUGGUCAACUUUACCCUCAGCAAGCUUAUCAGCAGGGGCUUCACCCCCAUGACGGUUCCAGACCUUCUGCGAGGAGCUGUGUUUGAAGGCUGUGGAAUGACACCAAAUGCCAACCCAUCCCAAAUUUACAAUAUUGACCCCUCCCGUUUCGAAGAUCUCAACCUGGCUGGGACAGCAGAGGUGGGGCUGGCAGGGUACUUCAUGGACCACUCUGUAGCUUUCAAGGACCUGCCAGUCAGGAUGGUCUGUGCUAGCACCUGCUACCGGGCGGAGACCGACACCGGGAAGGAGCCUUGGGGGCUGUACCGAGUCCAUCACUUCGCUAAAGUGGAGAUGUUUGGGGUGACAGCCCCUGGGCUAGAGCAGAGCUCACAGCUGCUGGAUGAGUUCCUGUCCCUGCAGGUGGAGAUCUUGACUGAGCUGGGCUUGCAUUUCCGGGUGCUGGACAUGCCCACCCAGGAACUGGGUCUCCCUGCUUACCGCAAGUUCGACAUUGAGGCCUGGAUGCCUGGCCGAGGCCGAUAUGGAGAGGUCACCAGCGCCUCCAACUGCACAGACUUCCAGAGCCGCCGCCUGUAUAUCAUGUUUGAGACGGAGACUGGGGAGCUGCAGUUUGCACACACGGUGAACGCCACGGCUUGUGCUGUUCCCCGAGUCCUCAUUGCCCUCCUGGAGAGCAAUCAGCAAAAGGAUGGUUCUGUCCUCGUGCCCGCUGUCCUCCAGCCCUACCUAGGCACUGACCGGAUCACAGCCCCCACCCAUGUGCCUCUCCAGUACAUCGGCCCCAACCAACCUCAGAAGCCCAGGCUUCCCGGCCAGCCUGCUGCAAGCUGACAACUGUCUGCCCUGGAGGUUGGCACUCUAGAGGCCCCAGACGCUAGAACCUCUACCCUCCCCUCCUGAACUCCUGGGUGUACCUCUCUUCCUUCCCUGCCACUGAAUUAUUGACAGUGACCCCUGCUGUCACUGGGCUGUCAGCCAGAGGCAUGUCUCAGCCGUGAUAGGACAAAGGAGAUCUGGAGAGAGCCAUAGCACGCCAUCCCGUCUUCCUGCCUCCGUGCCGAGCAGAGGACCCACAAUAAAUGGUCACAGAGCAAAGUCUUCUGGAUCUGUGAGUGAGAGAGGUGUUAGGUGACAUGCCACAUCAUUCAAGCGCCUGUGGCUGCCUGCAAGGCUCAAGAUGGGUGACUUGAGGAUCCCCAGGGGACCUGAAAGGAAGCCAAAGCCUCUCUUCCUCUGGGACAAAAAGCCGUCAUCCUCGGGUGGCUCCCUCAAACUGAGCCAGCUUUAUCCUAUCCUUUGGUCAAUGGUCCCAACUCCUGUAUUGUCCAGAGUGUCACCUCCUUUGCACACCCCUCACCCCUUCACAGGCACUCCAGGCCCCUUGUCUACACUGCCAGCUUUGCUGGUGGAUUUCGCUCAGCACCUUGAGCAGCUCCAGCCACCCUUCGGACUUCCCUCGGUAUUUUUCCACCUUCAGUGGGUUAGCAAACCUGCAGCUUCGCCUUCAGAAUGUUCCAGAACUGUGCCAUUUGCCCUCUCCCUCCUCCUUCCUUGAUCCUAUUCUUCAGCUGGCCACUUUGUCUCCCACCUCCCUGUCUCUGCUCCCUGCGAGCAUCGAGUUUGGGUGUGACCAUCCGCUGCCCAGAGUUGUCAGAGUAAAAGGCAACAGUGCCAUGCCGUCUUCCUCUGCCAGAGUUACUGUCACCGUGUUCUCUUCUACAUAGGCUGUAUCUGUGAAUGUUGACUGUCCAGCUUCUCACCUGUCAGCUCCAGCAGGACUGGGACGUUGGCUGCUUUAUUAGCUGCUGUAGAUCCAGGUCUGUGGAGAAGAGUUGGCAUACAGUGCAGGUUACUGGGGGAAUCUGCUGCAGCUCAGCUGGCAGAGUGCUUGCUUGGCAUGCACAAAGCCCUGGGCUCAAUUCCCUAGCUUAGAAUUACUGGGCAUUUUAGUAUGUGUCUGUAAUCCCAGCAUUUGGGAGGCAGAGGCAGGUGGGUUUCUGUGAGCCAAACCUGGUAUGCAUAAAUUCAAGGCAGCCUGGUCCUGUCUCAAAAUAUAAACUAUGGUAUGGUGGCACCCAUCUCUGGUCCCAGCAUGGGGGAUGCUGAGGCAGGAAGAUCAAGAAUAAAAGGCUUGCAAACUGUGGUAUUGCAUCUCUUUCAUGUCAGUACCUAGGAGACAGACAGGUGGAUCUCUGAAUUUGAGGCUAGCCUGGUCUACAUAGCAAGUUCCAUGCCAGCCAGGGCUGCACAGGGAGAUCCUGUCCUAAAAUGAGCUGAGCCAGGCCAUGGUAGAGCACACCGUUAGUCUCAGCACUCGGGCGGCAGAGGCAGGCGUUUCUCUGAGUUUGAGGCCAACCUGAUCUACAGAGUGAGCUCUAGGACAGCUAGGGCUACACAGUGUAGCGAAAUUUAUAAAAACCUAGAGACAAAAUUGGAGUCCAACCUGAAAGCCAAAAAAGUAAAGCAGCCAAGCAACUAGAGAAAAAAGUCUCUAUGAAGGCUGGGCGACCAUUUUUUUUUUUAAAGAUUUUAUUUUUUAUUAUGUAUACAGUAUUCUCAGUAUUAUGUCUGCAUGUCUGCCUGCAGGCCAGAA